AUGUCUUUUUGGCCAUUUACAAACUCUAUGAAUAGCAAUAAUGCAUUGCUGAAAUUUUUAGAUUCGGCACAAGAUCUAUCAUCAAUCACUGCUGAAGAUCUAAUAGGAGAUCCAACAUUACUGGAAGAACUUUUAAAUGAACUUCAUAAUAUUAAAGGAAAUUAUAACUCAAGAAACGGCGUAGCUAGUUUUCUGUUUCUGCAACCGCAAACAAUCAAUGAAGCCACAGUCUCAAACUCGGAUUCAGCAUCAUUUACAUCGUCUAGUAAUGAUAUCAACACUGGCAACACAAAGGAUAGCAGGGGAAGGAAGCUUCUAGAAAUAUUGAUUCAACCACAUAUAUUAUCUGGGUUGAUAGAGUAUGUGGAAAAAAGUGUUGAUUUUUUUUACGAACAAAGUAUUAAAGAAAAUGAAAAAGUUUUGGAUUUACUCAAUGAGAAUCCACCUGAGACAGAUAUACAGGAGGAAGAAGAACUUAAAAAGAUUAGACAAAAAAACGGUAUCAAGAGUGACGACGAUGAUGACGAUGACAUCGAAGAUGAUGAGAAUGAGGAAGAAGAAUCAGAGGAUAGCAAGUUUCGCAGAUGUGUUCAAGCGGCAGCAGAUAUACUAUCAAUUGAUUUGUGGAUUAUUCUGAAUCGAAUUAUCGAGACUGAAAGCCUUAUAAAUAAACUAUGGCGCAUUAUUGAUUUAAAUAAUUUACUGGAAAGUUCUCCCAGUGUCUCAUAUUUGGUACACAUUUUAGAUCAAUUGAUGGAUGCUAACAGUAUUGAACUUUUAAACUUUUUUAGAAGACAGAAAAAUCUUGUUGAUACAUUUUUAUCAAAAAUUGAGGUCCCCAUAUUAAUGGAUUUCUUUUUUCGUCUUAUACAAACAGAUAAACAGGAUUCACCAACAGGGAUAAUUGAUACUAUUGCUCUGCAAAAUAUCAUUUCAAAACUAAUUGAAAUCUUAAAACCAGAAACCUCACAAUUUGCUUCACAAAACUGCAUCCCUAAUCAUCAAUUAUUCUUUAAACAAACAGCAGCUACGGAUUUUUUAAAGGCCUUAGUUAAUAUAUCUUCAAAUGCAGCAUUAGCUUCAGUGGUGGAAACAAAUAUCGGACCAAAUCAAUUGACACGAGAAUUAGUUUCACCAACUGUCAUCAAUACAAUGAUUAAUGAUAUUAUGUUAGUCAAGAUAAGUGAUGAAAACGGGAAAACCCAAACAAACAAGCACGGAAUCAAUAAUGUUGUUAGUAUAAUUAUUGAACUCAUUCGGAAAAAUAACUCCGACUAUGAUCUUAAUUGUGGGACUUAUAGUUCUAUGUUACAAAAUGGAGACGGGGGUCCAAUAGAAGUCAAUUCUUAUGUUAUGUAUCAAUGGCUCAAAGAUUUUGAACAAAACCCACCGGGACCGCGAGAUCCCAUCUAUUUGGGCGAAAUGUUGGAUUUGUUUUCAUCAAAUUUAGAUAGAAUUGCCGCAUUAAUACAAACGGAACCUAUUCCACCACCACAUGUCACUUCCAAUAUUUUGGGGUUCACAAGAUUUAAGUUAUCUGAAUUGAUUGCCGAGUUGUUACAUUGUUCAAACAUGAUAUUACUCAAUUCCAGAAAAAUAAAGAAAAUUAUUCAAGUUAGAGAUCAAAUCAGAUCUCAACAGGAGAAAAGAUUACAGAAAGCGUUGCAAGAGCAGAUUCUGUUUUCCGAUUCUCCCAACAUCAAUCAAGUGACUACUGGUUUAGACGAUGUAUCAUUAGAUGACAUACAUUUUGCUAGUCACUCUAACGAUGAAGUUCAUGAUUAUGGCAAACUUCUUGAUAAUUUAGACCAAGAGGAAGAUUCAGAAGAUGAUGAACCUUCUAUUUCACCUGAGAACCCGUUUGUAUGUUCUGAAAGAGACAAAUCUAUGAGACAAGAUCCUUGUGUGGGCGAUUAUUUCAAAAUCAAAUUGCUUGAUCUGGGAAUCCUAUAUGAUAUAAUCAGCAUGUUCACCAAAUUUCCAUGGAACAACUUUUUCCAUAAUGUCGUGUUUGAUUUAAUUCAGCAAAUUUUCAACGGAAAACUCAAUUCAUACAAUUCAUUUUUAAUAGUGGAGCUUUUCAAAGAGGAUCAAUGUAAUUUAACCGAUAUUGUGGUUAGCAGUUACAAAGAAGACACAAAUCCUAGACCUGGUUAUAUGGGCCAUUUAAUUCUAAUCAGUGAAGAAAUUGUCAAAUUUACAUCUCUUUAUAAACCUGAUUUGAUAUCUCCAGUGAUAGUUUCUGCAGUCCAAUCAGAAAAAUGGACCUGGUUCAUUAAUGAUGUUCUUUUGAAAACUAGAGAAAUAUAUAAUGUGGUUUUAGGUGCUGAGGACUCUGAUGGAAAUAACGAUUAUGGGUUUGAUACUUCAUCUGUUGGCUAUUUGGAUAUGGAUCAACCCAAAAAAAUUAUAUUGGGAGAUGCAUCUAAUCAUGAUGAGUUUAUAAAUGAUAAUCUGGGUAAUCAAAAUAAUGGUGGUGUCUCAGAACUGGAACAAGAACAAACACUGAAUGAUUUGAAUGACCUUGGUGAUGAUUAUGACAUGAACCAAUUUUUUGUCCCUGAUAUCAAUGUACUGAAAAUGUCACCCAGUGGUGAUUUAACAAAACAUAAUAUUGAAGAUGAUUGCGAUGACGAUCUAGAUGAACACCAUGAUGAUUCUAGUGAUAAAUAUUUGGAAAAUUUAUCAGAUAGCUCAUCUGAAGAUGAAGAUGAAGACGAAGACAUUGGAGAAACUAACAAAUUAAAAAGAGUACCCACACAUAAUGAUGAUUGA